AGCCCCGCAGCUGUCAAAGGGGGUAGAUCGCAGCCUCGCACCAUGGACCCGGGCUCCGUUUGGGUGCCGUUGACGCCGGCCAGCACCUACAACCGCUUUCGUGCGCAGGAGGAAUUUCAACGAAAGCGCGACAAGCAAAGCGCUGCAGCCAUCAAGGAUGGAGAGCCAGGCCCAGCAAAGCCGAUGUUCAUGGUGGCUGGACUGUCGCAGCCAGGCAUCAGGUCGCUGAUCCCGUUGGACUACCAGGGGGAGAUCCAGAAGUGACAGCAUGCGCAUGUGGUGCUGGACAAGUUGCAGGAAUUGAGUUUCCUCCUGCCAGCAAAGCAGGGCCUCUGCGCGGACUUUGUGGGUAGGAUAAGACAUGGAGUUGUUCUUCCAAUUGGCCUGGAAAAGCUGCGCCAGCGCACAGCAAGUGUAUAGCUUGCGUUGCAAGCAAAACAAGCACAGCCAGUCCGGAGCCCUUGGGCUCAAGCAACAUAUCCAUCGUCACAUCCCAGUUUUUUCCGUUUCGGGAAAAUGAUGCGGCCGGAGAGCGCCGAGGACUGGUUCCACAUGCUGCCGGACCUGCUGGAAGGGGCCAGCUGGACCCUGGCCUGCGAACGGAAAGACGGGCGCCUGCUGCACCGGGAGUGUCCUUGGGGUGGUCACCUCAUCAAGUUCGACUUCAACUUCCACCUCGCGGCGGGCAGCUUCCUGGUGCGGCCCGAGGUGCGGGUUGCGCAUUUUCAGAGGCACCCCGUGGAGGGCGUGGAGUGCGAGCUCUGCGAGUUCAUCGCCCCGGGCGAGGCCGUUCUUCGGUGCUCGCAUCGCUCCAUUCCGGCACGCUUUGCUAACGUGCUAUUCGGCAAAAUGGAGGUUUCUUCGCAGAGUGCAGGUCCAGGCUCGACUCUGCGCCACACCUCACGUCGGGACUUCCCCCGGACAGGGGACAGCACGUGGUGUAUGGUGGAGAGCAGCGGCUCGCGGCACGAGCGCCUCAUCCUGCUGCGCCCGGAUGCGGCGAAGGGCCAGCAUCGCUACGUGGCAGUUGCGCAGAUCCCGGAGGACUGCUUUGUGACGUGGGCCACCUUCCAGCUUCUGCAGCUGCUGGAUGGGUGCAAGAUUGCCAUCGAGAAGACCAUCAAGGCCCUGAACACCCCGGAGGCUCGAGACUUGGACGAGAACCUGUAUUGGCAGCUCCGCAUUACCGACUUCAAGCGCGGCAACCCCUUCCUGCCAGCGUCUGAGUGCUCGAGCACCGUCCGCGUCGACUCGGGCGAGAGCCUUGGGCUUCUCCACUGGGAGCGUUUCAAGGGAGAGUUUCACCUUGCUGAGUACAUGAAGCUCUUCCUCGCUGGCAUGGGCGAGGACAUUUGCACCUUCGCCUCCAUAGAUGGGCGCCGGCUUGCACCCGAGCAUUGCGUGGUCCACCGAGAUCAAUGGCAGCGUGUGAGGGGCCGAUUCUUCGAAGCCUUCCGUGUGCAGAGGUCCGCCUACCGUCGGGGCAGCGGAGGCUCCAACGCACCCAGGCUCCUCGAGCAAGAGGAGCCCAAGUUCCUGCACCGGCCGUCCCUAAGACCGGCGGUGCGACACCCCACAGCCCAGCUGGUUCUGCGGAAGACCUUCUGGGAUCUCCUGGAGCAUGACAAGCCUCCCAAGAGGCGCCGCACCGUGCAGCUCCCAGUCAUGGUGCCAGCGCAUUGAUGCCUCACUUCCCCCAAGCACGUGGUACAGACAGGGCGAGCAGACAAAAGCUUCUGCAGUGUACAGAGCCGUGUGCUUUCGACAUGUACAGGGCGGCAAGUGACCGCUACGAGCACUCAGGUUGCCAAUUCAACACCUCGUUUCUCCGAGCCAAAUGCAG